CUAAUAUAUACAUCCUUCUUCCCAACCUAUUAAAAAAUCAAGCUAAAAAAUGCCUCAACUUGGUUCGGAUGAUGGCACUGAAAAGCUGCACAAAAACUUGGAUCUUGAGAUUAGGGACAUGAUUUCGACACUCACGAAUCGUCUCACUAAUCUUCAACGCCUUCAGAAAACCAUGGAUCACGAUAAUCAGGAGGAUUUAGAAGUCGAUCGCGGAGUGCGAAUCAUCACUUUGGCCGGAAACAAUGUCGGCGCCACCAUGCGAGGGGAGAUCGAGGAUAAAAACGCAACCGGAGCGAAUCCGAGUCAAGUUCCACCAUUGGGAGAGGAUGAAACAUUGAGCACUUAUGUGAAUAGCAAUUUUCAGGCCAUCAAUAAUUCAAUCAUGAUGGGAGGGAGCUAUACGACACAAGAUCCAGGUGUUCAUAUGGAUAUUUCGGAUUACUUGGACAACAAGCCAUCUUUGUCAUCGUCAGCAGCAUCUCAUCCUUCCCAUAACCAUGGGAAGAAGGAAAAGAAAAAGCACUCGGGCAGCUCCAAAAGUGAUCAUCAACCCGAAAUGAAUUCGGAAUAAGGAAAUCAUACGCUACCAUUCAUGCAAGUUGAGCAUUUUAUUUACGUUGCAAUAUAUCAUAAGCGGUAAUAUUAUAUUGACAAUGGUUGUAAUAAAAAGGAUUUUGUUUAUUUAAGUUUUAUGUUUGUGUGAAAUAGUACUUCUUCUGUCAUAUUUUAGUUUUUCACUUUACUCAACUAAAAUAAUGUAUUGCAGAGGAGUACAUGAACAGGUUGUCUUGUAAUGAGAGAGCUUAAAGCAUGGUUUUUUUUUUUUUUUUUUUUUUGGCUUAAAACCAGGACGGUUCUUGGUGAAUUUAUAGAUAAAGUAAAGAAAUUUUCAGCGCAGUGCAAAAGCAUGGUUAUGUAUAUUAUUCCGUGUAAAAGUUCCGUUUUUUAGAGUUGAAUUUACUGGUAAAUUCAUUUUUCUUUCAUGUCUAAGAGUAUACUUCUUCUCCCAAAAAUAUAGUUUACAUUGUAAAUUAUGAAUUACAUCAAAAACAGUAAUUUCUAUUUUUAAUGUAGACUAUUUUGUUGGAAAUAUUUUUCAUGAUCACAAAGAUAC